AUGCGCUGCGCCCUGCGCUUCCCGCCCGCGCUGCUCCCCGCCAUCCUCUUCCGCGCGCUGACGCGGCCGGCGGCGCUGUCGUUGGUGAGCGCGCUCUCGCCCAACAACCCGCUCCUCUUUGAGAACCGCGCCGGCAACCGCGAGGGCACUCUCGUCGCCUUUGCGGUGGCGGAGAAGGAGGUGCACGCGGACAAGGUGCUGCUCAUCCGGUGCGGCGACUUUUACGAGGCGUACGGGCUCGACGCGCUGCUGCUGGUCGAGCACGCAGGGCUCAACCCGAUGGCAGGACGAGCACGUGCCGGCUGCCCGGUCGCCAACCUGCAGGCGACGGCAGACUGCCUCACCUCGGCCGGCCUGACCGUCGCGGUGUACGAAGAGGCGACGGUCGGCCUCAAGGGCCCAGUUCGGCGGGUCCUCUCCGCCGGGUCCCCGACCUACCUGCACGACCGCUGCCUGUCCCCUCACCCGAUCGACUACUCCGCCCCGCGGCCGUACGCCGCCCUCGCAAAGGCGGCCGACGGCUACACGCUCGUGCACGUCUUUGUCGACGUAAACACUCACCACGCCAAAAACCGCUCGGCCCGCCUCCUUUCUGGCAGCGCCGACGCCGCCUCCUCGGCCGCCUCCUGGCUUCCCGCCGAGCGGCGCAGGCUGGCCGUCAAGAGCGCGUCGUCGCAGGUCGGCCUCCUCCCCGCCGCCGGCAUCCCCGACCUGCCUCGCGCUCUCCUGCCCCGCACCGCGCCGGCCGAGUCGGUCGAGCUGCUGCGGCGGCUGCUGCUGUUGCCGCCCCGCCCCGCGAUCGCCGACGCGCUGCGAAGUGCGUGCGAGGCGCUCGGCGCGGCGACGGGCCCGCUGCCGCUGGUGAGGCCGCUGCCGGUCGGCAAGAUGGCGCAGCUGCUCGGAGGGACGUCCGCAGCGAUGGCGGACGAAGCGCUGCGCAGCCUCAACGAGCGAUUGUUGGUCGUGGUGGCCGACGAGGCGGGCGCUGUCGCCGCCUCGCCGCACCAGCUGGCGGAGGCGGCGGCUGCCGCUCACGAGACGAUCCGUUCGCUGCUCGAGCUAGACGCGCCUCCGGGGCAGUUCGGCGGCGCGUGGGACGCCUUCUACGAGGCAAACGAGCGCGGCUUCCGCGCGCUGAGGCUGCGGCCGGAGAGGCUGGCGAGCGAGCUCGCCGCCCUCGAGGAGAGCCGCGCCGCGCUGCUCGAGGCUGCGGAGCUACCUUCCGGCUGGGAGCUCGUGCACGCCCACCGUGACAACGCAAUCUACCUGCGGCUGGAGGGGAGGCACGUCUCUGCGCGGAUGAGCGAGGCGCGGCUGCGGUACCUCGCCGCGUGCGCGGGGGCGCUGCUCUAUUCGACCCUGUCCGCUCACGUCGGCGCGUCGCUGCAGAAGGGCUGGACGCUGCCGCGGCUGCGCGAGGUGGAGGACGGCGAGAGGGCCUUGCGGGUGGAGGGUGUGUGGCCGUACUGGCUCUCUGCGGACGGCGCCGCGCGAAACAGCUUCGAGUGGCGCGGCCUCUGGCUGCUGACGGCGCCAAACAUGGCGGGCAAGUCGUCGCUGAUGCGGGGCACCCUCGCCGCCGCCCUCCUCGCCAACGCGGGGCUGUACGCGCCCGUCGAUGACGCGCUCGUCCCGCGGUACGACGGCUACUUCUUGCGCACGGCCUCGUACGACGUGCCUUCGGAGGGGCGCUCCUCCUUCGCGCAGGAGAUGGACGACGUGGCGGAGAUGGACGACGUGGCGGUGCUCGCCGCAGAGUGCGGCGCUCGCUCGCUCGUGAUGCUCGACGAGCUCGGCCGCGGCGCCUCCGCGCGCGAGGGCACCUCCGCGCGCGAGGGGUCCGCCCUCGGCGUGUCCCUUCUCGCCUGGCUGCACGAGCGGCGCAUGUCUGCCAUCUUCGCCACCCACUUGCACGAGAUGGAGGCGCUGCUCUCGUCGCCCGCCGCGCCGAGCUUGCCCGGCCUCGCGCGCAAGACGAUGGACGUCUCCGUCGACGACGCCACCGGCAAGGUCGAGUUCCACUUCACGCUCGCCGACGGGGUCUGCACCGACUCGCUCGCGCUGCACGCCGCGCGCGUCGCGGGCGUACCGGACGCCAUCGUAGCUCGGCGGGCGCUCGGCGGGCGGGAGCCGAUGCGGCUGCUGCCUGGGGAGGUGCCCCCUCCCGCCGCGGUGUGCGACUCCUUCGUCUACCUCCUCGCCUCGCCGCCGCCCUCGGCCCGCUGGUACGUCGGCGAGACCGACAACUUGCACCGCCGGUGGGAGCAGCACCGCUCGUCGCGCGCGCCGGCCGCGCUGUACGCCUGGCCCGUGCAGGGAGGCAAGAGCGCGGCGCGGCGGCUGGAGACGGCCCUCAUCGAGCAGCUCGCCGCCGAGGGAGUCGCCCUCAGCAACGAAGCCGACGCAGCGCACGUCGCCUUUGGUGGCGCCGGCGCGGGCACGCCGCCCACGGCUAGCGGCGGUGCAGCCUGA